AGAAGCCAUCAGGAUAUCAGAAGUAUCACAAGAAAGUCCCCAGGAAAUACCAUCGCCAGGAAUAGAUAUGGAGGAAGAUAGACUACCACCCACUACACGAGGAGAUUUCCCUGGUAGUAGGGAAAUUAUCCGGCAGGCUUAUAUAAGAAAGGGGGUUCCAGUGACAGCAAUAGAAAUAAUCGAGGCAUCUAUAUCAAAAGGAACACUUAAACAGUACACAUCUUGUUAUAAAAAAUUCUGGCAAUUUUGUGCUGACAGUAACAGGGAUCCUCUUGUUUAUAAGCUAGAAACAUAUUUGGAUUUUUUAUCCGAUGCCUUAAAAGAAGGUCUUUCAUUUUCUGUCGUCAAUUCUUAUAGAUCAGCUCUUAAUUUGAUAUUUAGUCCUAUAAGUAAUAAUGAUGAAAAAGUAAUUAAUCGUUUUGUGAAGGGAGUGUCUAAUAUUCGACCACCAGGACCUAAAUAUAAGAUUACUUGGGAUCCAGACCCUCUAUUAAAAUACCUAGGUACAUUAUAUCCUCUAGAGGCGUUAGAUUUAGAAUACGCAACUUAUAAACUAGUCACUCUUAUGGCACUGACAUCAGCCAGCAGAGUUCAGACUCUUUCUCUAAUUAAAGUUCAAAACAUUAAUAUAUCGGUAGACAGAGUUGAGAUUAAAAUACCAGAUAGAGUAAAAACAUCCGCUCCAGGCAGAUUCCAACCGCUACUAAUUUUUCCGUUUUUUAAGAGUAAACAAGAACUUUGCGUUGCGUCCACCAUUGCGGACUACAUUAAAAGAACGAAACCAAUACGCAAUACCGAAGAAAAACUAAUUCUUACCCAUAAAAAACCACACCGUUCAGCAUCUUCUCAGACAAUAAGCAGGUGGAUUAAAAAUACUUUAAACUUAGGUGGCGUAGAUACGUCCAUUUUUUCAGCCCAUAGUGUACGUCACGCUACAACUUCGGCUGCGUAUAAAGCAGGCGUAAAUAUAGAGAUAAUUAAAAAUACAGCAGGCUGGACUCCUGCCUCGAACACCUUCUUUAGUUUUUAUAAUAGACCUGUAGAAAAACCUCAAGAUAAAUUUGCCAAAGCCAUUAUUGAAUUGGGUUCUAAUAAAUCGUAGUGUUCUACUGUUAGUAGUAUUAAGUAUUUUUUUAUUAUUAUUUAGGUGUUAUCAAUAUAUCAUAUUCAUUCUAUUAGUUA